AUGGGUGCCGUCCUCUCCGCCAUUGGCGAUUUCUUCAUGACAAUUGUCAACGCUAUCGCAGCAGUCUGCCGCGCCAUCAUCAACGGCAUCGUCGCCGUCUUCUCCGCCCUGAUCAACGUCCUCACCUGCGGCUACUGCCGCCGCGGACACUCAGGGACGACUAGGACUCAUGGAAGGAGACAUCAUGGCACGACGACGAGUACCAUCUAG